CCGCAGGCAGGGCAGUCAUCGUUGCGUUUUCUUUUCCCCUCCGCCACCACCUCCAGAGCUCAAGGUCCCGGCAGGUCGGCGCGCAACCACCAUCACCAAGCUCGUCCGUCCCGAGCCAUGCCGACGGCCAAGAUCGUCGAGGUCGGCCGCGUCAGCCCGCCGCGCGAGGACCUGGUACUCAGGCUGUCCGCGCUGGACGCGCAGUGGCUCACGAUCCCGCUCAUCCAGCGCGUGCUCCUCUUCGACGACGGCGCCGGCGGCCAGCUCCCGCCCUUCGAGUCCCUCGUCAGCUCCCUCCGCUCGUCCCUGGCGGCCACGCUCGCGAGGUUCCCCCCGCUGGCCGGGAGGAUCGUCUUCAUGCCGUCCACCGGCGACGCGGCCAUCGACUGCUCCGCGGCCGACUCCGAGGGAGGCGGCGUGAGGUUCGUCGUCGCGGAGAUGGAGGGCGCCGACGCGAGGAAGCUUGCCGGGGACACAGACCACGACGUGGACGCGUUCAAGGCGCUCGUCCCAGAGCUCGCGGUCGAGGCGCUCCCCGCGGAGGUGCUGGCCGUGCAGGUGACGCGGCUGAAGGGCGGGGUGGCGGUCGGCGUCGCGAUGCACCACGCCGUGGUCGACGGCCGGUCGGUGUGGAGGUUCCUGGAGGCGUGGGCGUCGGCCUGCCGCGGGGACGACGCUGGCGGGGCGCCGACGUUCGACCGUGCGGCCGUCGCGCUCCCCGGCGGCGAGGAGCUCGCGAGGAGCACGCUGCGGAAGUACGCGCCCGAUCUGCCACUGGAGCUUAACAUUCUUGCCACUCCUCGCCUUGCAGGCUCCCAUGAUGUUUCCCCCGGCCCUAACCUUCCCCGUCGGACGUUCAUCGUCACCGCACAGCACAUCCACCGGCUGAAGCAACGCAUCUCCGACCUCACAACCUCGCCUCCGUCAGCGCAGACCGCGCCGUCCAGCUUCGUGGCCAUCGCGGCACUCACCUGGGUGUCCUUUGUCCGGUCCAAGCACCCGGACGCCAUCUCCGCCGAUGACGACGUCUACCUCUUCUUCUUCUGCGACUGCCGUGGGCGGUGCGGCAUCGACCCGCCGGUGGGCGACAACUACUUCGGGACGUGCAUCAGCGGAUGCCUCGCCAAGGCCACGGCGCGGGACCUCCUCGCGGUGGACGGUGUUGCCACGGCAGCGGCGGCGGUGCAGGGAGAGGUCCGGCGGGCGGCGGAGGACCCGCUCGCCUCAUGGGACUGGAUGGACAAUCUGUCCUGGCUGCCACUAGACCGGUUUGUCAAUGUCUCAGGAUCGGCGCGGUUCCCUGCGUACGAGGCGGCCAACUUUGGGUGGGGCGCGCCGACCAGGACGGAGCUAGUCACCAUGAACAACGGCGGUCAGCUGGUGCUCGUCGCCGCCAAGGAGGGCGGCGGCGCCGUGCAGGCGUCCGUGUGCAUGGAACCGGAUCGCAUGGAUGCGUUCAACUCGCACUUUCUGAAUUCCUUAGUUGAUUAAUGUGUACGCGCGCAGCGGGCU